AUGUGGUUGAAAAUGCUUGGACCCGAGCAUGUUGAUGUCGCGCGUACUUACAAUAACUUGGGUAAUGUACAGCGUAUGUUAGGUAACCUACAACAGGCCAAGGAGAAUUACGAGCGUGCUCUAGACAUUCAGAUGAAGAAGCUUGGACCCGAGCAUGCUGAUGUCGCGCGUACUUACAAUAACGUUGGUAAUGUUCAGCGUACGUUAGGUGAUCUGCAACAAGCCAAAACGAAUUAUGAGCGUGCUCUAGACAUUCAACUGAAAAAGCUUGGACCCGACCAUGUUGAUGUUGCAGGUACUUACAAUAACUUGGGUAAUGUACAGCGUACGUUGGGUGACCUUCAGCAGGCCAAGGAGAACUUUGAGCGCGCUCUAGACAUUCAGUUGAAUAAACUCAAACCCGAGCAUGUUGCUGUCGCAAAUACUUACAAUAACUUGGGUAAUGUACAUCGUAUGCUAGGUGACUUGCAACAUGCCAAGGAGAAUAUUGAGCGAGCUCGAGACAUUCUGUUCAAGACGCUUGGACCAAAGCAUAUUGCUGUCGCAAAUACAUACAAUAACUUGGGUAAUGUACAGCGUAUGUUAGGAGAUUUGCAACAGGCUAAGGCGAGUUAUGAACGCGCUCUAGACAUUCAGUUGAAAAAGCUUGGACCUAGGCAUGUUGAUGUCGCGGGUACUUACAACAACUUGGGUUAUGUACAGCGCAAGUUAGGUGACCUGCAACAGGCUAAGGAGUGCCAUGAGCGUGCUCUCGACAUUCAGUUGAAAAAGCUUGGAACCCGGCAUGUUGUUGUCGCGCGUACUUUAAAUGACUUGGGUAAUGUACAGCGUUCGUUAGGUAACCUGGAACAGGCCAAUUAG